AUUGUGCUCUGUUCCUGCAUGUCCUGCUGCCCUGAACUGUCCUGAGCUAGGUGACAGCGUAUCACGCUGCCACCAUGAACGAGGUGUCUGUCAUCAAAGAAGGCUGGCUCCACAAGCGUGGUGAAUACAUCAAGACGUGGAGGCCCCGGUACUUCCUGAUGAAGAGUGAUGGUUCCUUCAUUGGCUAUAAGGAGCGGCCUGAGGCCCCUGACCAGACGCUGCCCCCUUUAAACAACUUCUCCGUUGCGGAAUGCCAGCUGAUGAAGACCGAGAGACCGCGGCCCAACACAUUCGUCAUACGCUGCUUGCAGUGGACCACAGUCAUCGAGAGGACCUUCCACGUAGACUCUCCCGAUGAGAGGGAAGAGUGGAUGCGGGCCAUCCAGAUGGUCGCCAAUAGCCUCAAGCAGCGGGGCCCAGGUGAGGACCCCAUGGAAUACAAGUGUGGCUCCCCUAGUGAUUCUUCUGCGGCUGAAGAGAUGGAAGUGGCCGUUAGCAAGGCACGGGCCAAGGUGACCAUGAAUGACUUUGACUAUCUCAAGCUCCUCGGCAAGGGCACCUUCGGCAAAGUCAUCCUGGUGCGGGAGAAGGCCACCGGCCGCUACUACGCCAUGAAGAUCCUACGGAAGGAGGUGAUCAUCGCCAAGGACGAAGUCGCCCACACAGUCACCGAGAGCCGGGUCCUCCAGAACACCAGGCACCCCUUCCUCACUGCGCUGAAGUACGCCUUCCAGACCCACGACCGCCUGUGCUUCGUGAUGGAGUACGCCAACGGUGGGGAGCUGUUCUUCCACCUGUCCCGGGAGCGCGUCUUCACGGAGGAGCGGGCCCGCUUUUAUGGUGCAGAGAUCGUCUCGGCCCUGGAGUACCUGCACUCGAGGGAUGUGGUGUACCGCGACAUCAAGCUGGAAAACCUCAUGCUGGACAAAGACGGCCACAUCAAGAUCACUGACUUUGGCCUGUGCAAAGAGGGCAUCAGUGAUGGGGCCACCAUGAAGACCUUCUGCGGGACCCCCGAGUAUCUGGCACCCGAGGUCCUGGAGGACAACGACUACGGCCGGGCUGUGGACUGGUGGGGGCUGGGCGUGGUCAUGUACGAGAUGAUGUGCGGCCGCCUGCCCUUCUACAACCAGGACCACGAGCGCCUCUUCGAGCUCAUCCUCAUGGAGGAGAUCCGCUUCCCGCGCACGCUCAGCCCCGAGGCCAAGUCCCUGCUGGCUGGGCUGCUUAAGAAGGACCCCAAGCAGAGGCUCGGCGGGGGGCCCAGCGAUGCCAAGGAGGUCAUGGAGCACAGGUUCUUCCUCAGCAUCAACUGGCAGGAUGUGGUACAGAAGAAGCUCCCACCACCCUUCAAACCUCAGGUCACAUCCGAGGUCGACACCAGGUACUUCGAUGAUGAGUUCACUGCCCAGUCCAUCACAAUCACACCCCCGGACCGCUAUGACAGCCUGGGCUCUCUGGACCUGGACCAGCGGACUCACUUCCCCCAGUUCUCCUACUCGGCCAGCAUCCGCGAGUGAGCAGUGCCGCCCGCCUGCCCGCCGCCGCCGCUGCUGCUGCCACCACCCCCACCACCACCACCACGGACAUGCACGGCUGCUGUUGCCGCUGGGGCAGGGGGGGUUUGUCUUCUUGUUUUAUUGGUCUUUUUUGUUUGCCUCUCCGUCCCUCACCCCUUACCCCCAUUUCUAGUUUUCAGCCCUCUGCCAGACUCCUCUCAGUGGACCCAGUGGCCCUGCCUCCAGGAUCCUGUCCUGCCCUCACUUUUGCGCCCAGAUCAGGACUGGGGAGACUGCCGCUGCCCCAGGACCUGGCCUUUGGGCAGUUGGGAAGAAUUUGGAUUUUGGUCAACACAAGCCCCAGUGAGGAGCGAAAGCCGGGGG